ACUCGAGGGUAUUUCAGUCAUUCUACAUUCGCAGUGUGACGAACACUAGCCAACUGACGCGGGAGCAAAAGCUAGAACUCGCUUAUGUUAGCAAAGCUGCAACUGCAAUGGCGAUGAUCUUCAUGUAACCAAACCGUCGAUUCCCUCAUAAGAAAACAAAUCCCACAGAAAAAUAAAAUAAAAAAUCCAGACCCUAUAAAUACUUCUUCGUUCCACCAUUCAAAACGCAGAUGCUCCGUUUCCAUCCCCUCUGUUCCCCUUUGCCGCCCUCCAUGUUUUUCUUCCGCUCCAACUCCUAUGCAAAAACCCUAGAUUUUCCCUCUCUCUCCUUCUACAAAACGAGGUUUCGAUCGGAAAUGGGAGCUUACAGCACGAUUUCCGACUCGUCGAAGCUUCUCUUCCGUCAGCUCUUCGAGAAGGAAUCUUCGACUUACACGUACUUGCUUGCGGAUCUCGGUCACCCCGAGAAGCCGGCUGUGAUGGUUGACCCAGUAGACAGGACAGUGGAUCGAGACCUAUCUCUUAUUAAAGAUCUGGGAUUGAAGCUCAUUUAUGCUAUAAAUACUCAUGUCCAUGCUGACCAUGUCACAGGAACUGGCCUGAUAAAGGGUAGGUUGCCAUGUGUGAAAUCCAUCAUUUCUAAAGCAAGCACUUCAAAAGCAGAUCUUCUGGUUGAAGCGGGUGAUAAAAUAUAUUUUGGUAAUCUUUUUCUGGAGGUUCGUGCCACCCCUGGUCAUACAUUGGGUUGUGUCAGCUAUGUGACAGGAGAUGGACCUGAUCAACCUCGCCCAAGGAUGGCUUUUACAGGAGAUGCAUUAUUGAUACGUGGAUGUGGCAGGACAGACUUUCAGGGAGGAAGUUCACAUCAGCUUUACAAAUCAGUGCAUUCACAGAUAUUCACAUUGCCAAAGGAUACAUUGGUGUAUCCUGCUCAUGACUACAAAGGCUUCACUGUUAGCACAGUGGGUGAGGAGAUGCUCUACAAUCCUCGUCUGACAAAGGAUGAGGAAACAUUCAAGACAAUUAUGGAAAAUUUGAAUUUACCAUAUCCGAAGAUGAUGGAUGCAGCAGUGCCAGCAAAUAUGGUCUGUGGGUUGCAAGAUGUAGCUGGAAAGGUUAAGGAACCUCUAUCCGGUAGCCUCUAACUGGUCAAGCCCUUCAAAUUGUGAUGUAUCAAACAAGCAAGGCAGGGGUUAGGUACAUGUAUAUUGUUAGAUGCCUUCUGUGUGAAUUAAAGGAAUUGGCUGUUACUAGAACUGGAAGCCCAUGUCUGAAAAUCUUCAUUUGGCAUCCCAGAAUAAUUCUGAGCAUGCUAAUGAAACCACCCCAUUGCUCUUUUACAAUCA